AGUUGCCCAAACGCCGCAGAUGUCUCUCCUAUUAUAAAUUUAUUAUCAGAGGCUCAAAAGGAGAAAAUCUUGCUGUUAUAAAUGUCGCUUUAUCUCACUAACAUCAGCAACAGUGUCACUGAGAACAUGGCCGAGGAAAAGAGUGUGAAGAAAGAGUUUGAGUGUGUGGAACUGGGAGAUCUGCAGCAGAAAGACGAGUGCGGAGAGAAAGCUCCACGCAGAGUCAUUCACUUCUCCAGCGGAGAGACAAUGGAGGAAUACAGCACCGAGGACGAGGAAGAUCACACACACACGCAGCUUGACAAAAACGACCUUUUGUCUUCAGUAGAUGCGUCGAAGCUGACAUGGGGUCCGUACGUCUGGUUUCAGAUGUGGAGAGCAGCUACAAACACUGUGUCAGCGUGUGAUUAUGUGGGAGAGAGAAUGGCCUCGUUGUUCGGCAUCACAUCCGCCAAAUAUCAGUACGCCAUCGACGAGUACAGCAGAACCAACAAACAGGAAAACAAAGCUACGGAUUCUCCUGACUCAGAGGAGGCAGAGUCACAUUUUGAGGAGAAACAAAAGGAGGAGAUCCAGGAGCAGAGCAUUGACGAGACUAACGUUGAUGACACCAAGAACCUCAAUGCUGUGACUCCUCCUGAACCCGUGAACCUCGACGCUGAGACACCUCCUGAACCCGUGAACCUUGACGCUGAGACUCCUCCUGAAUCCGUGAACCUCGAUGCUGAGACUCCUCAUGAACCCGUGAACCUCGACGCUGAGACUCCUCCUGAACCCGUGAACCUCGACGCUGAGACUCCUCCUGAACCCGUGAACCUCGACGCUGAGACUCCUCCUGAACCCGUGAACCUCGACGCUGAGACUCCUCCUGAACGCGAGAACCUCGAUGUUCCUGUUACUGUACAGAGCAUUUAGCCACCUUCAGUUCCAGCACUGAGUUCUCCACCUGAGGUUCCACCUGCAGCACUAAACAAAUCUUAACUCUUUCCUCUUUUACACGUCUUUAAUAGCGUGUUUUACUUUGCUUUACCCUCAUCAUGGACCAAAUAUAAAGUUUUUAGUUGUUUUAGAGCAUAUUGCACUGAUGUACUGAAAUUUUGAUGUGCUGACUUAUUUAUAUUUAUAGUACUGUUAUUUAUUCAGUGGUCAACGUUUACUUUAAGAUCAAUUGUAAAACAUAUCAGAAAGCCUUAAUUUCCUGCAGUAAAGUUUCUACUUGUAUUUAUUAAAUUUUUAAUACUUAAUAUCUGUUAUAAUUAAGUAAAAAAUGUUUUAUAUUUUUCUAUUUAACACUGGAAUAAAUGUCUAUAUUGGGCACAAUUUGAA